UCUCUCCACGCCUCCCGUGGACAAUCCAGAUGGUCCGAGUUGCUGUCAGUCAUCGUGAGAAGCUUCUCCUGGGAUCUUCUCCUCACUUCUCCUCCUCCCUCCUGGUCUCUCCUGGUCCAGUGUGAAGCUGCGCUCCAGCCAGGAAUGGCCGCCAAGUUCAGCAGAGCUCCUUCUGAUGGACAAUAGAGCCACGAAAGUGGACCGAGAGCAGAGGAAGCAGAAGAAGAAGAAGGAAAAGGGAGGAGGAGGAGGAGAGGAGAAGAAGGAGGAGGAGGAGGAGAAGAAGGACGCGGAGCUCGGAGCUCCCGGUUCCAGCGCGGCAGGACUCGUGCGUUUUCUUCACGAUCUUAUGUCCUCCUACUAGAGAUCGCAGGAGGAACAAGAACUAGACUCUGGGGGGGGGGUUUCGGCGAACGUCGAAGGGACGCACAGGAGGGACACGACACGAACGGAGUGGCCGAGCGAGAGCAGCUCCACGUGGAAACAUCUCGGCUUUUGGUCGGAGGAACCAUGAGGAACAUGCGGAUGAUCAUCAUCAUCGCCGUGGGUCUCGCAGCCUUUCUCUCGGACACCGCGAUAUUUGUCGCCACGCAGUCCCUGGCCCUAACAGAAGACCUGUACCUGGACCAGCAAUCGGGAGAUGACCCAAUAGAUGACGACGAUUUUAGCUCUGGAUCAGGUUCUGGCAUUGAUGAGGCCCCAGAGGUCAGUGUGAAGACACUGUACAUCGCCCCUGAGGCAGAGCCCACCCAGGACUCCACAAAGACCUUCACGCCACAAAGGGAGAUGUUCACAUUCAGAGACACGCCGAGCAAGGCCGUCGACACGGAGACUCCAUUCCUGCUGACAGACGACCUUCUAAAUGGGAACUGGGUGACUGGCACCACAGGCUCCCCUGCUGAGAAUGCCGAUAAACCUGCUGAAGUGAGCUCAGAAAACCUCUUCCAGAGAACAGAGGUCCUGGCAGCGGUUAUUGCGGGUGGAGUUAUUGGCUUCCUUUUUGCCACCUUCCUCGUCCUCCUGUUGGUGUAUCGCAUGAGGAAGAAGGACGAAGGCAGCUAUGACCUCGGAGAGCGGAAGCCUUCCAGUUCAGCCUACCAGAGGGCGCCCACUAAGGAGUUCUAUGCAUAAAUAAUGGCUACAGGAUAACACCUUGACACAGUGAAAAAAAUCCCGAUGGAUAAUUGCAUACUAAUAAUGUCUGAGGAAAUAUUAAGAGUUUUUUUUUUUUUUUUUUUUCCACUUCAUAGUGUAAUGUAUUGUACUGGUCCUUUUUUCUUUUCUAAGUUCAAACAGGGCUUAUUUUAUAACAAAUGUCUUCAUAUUUUAUUACAGGUAUACAAUAUAUUCUUAUGGCUUAAAUGGCUUAAAAACGACAAACUGCACUUGUAACCCUGAUGACAUUAAUCACCUCUUUGAGGAUAUUUAAAUGAGACUUGCAUUAGAAACAAAAAAUGAAGAAAAAAACUUCAGUGGGGAAAAUACGGAUUGUAAGUCUCCUGUAUGUAUUUUGUAUUAUUAAUAUUGUUUUUUAGAUUUUGUUGUCUCAUCUCUGAAAUUGUGCUUAAGGUGUAUUUCAUGAAGUGUUUUCAGGUGUGACAAUUGCCUUUUAUGUAGUUUUCAUGAAGUUACAUUGUCUUAAGUUCAGAAAAUAGGAAUUACCCCCCUCCAGGUUGCAAUAUUUUUUUCCUUCAGCUUUGAAACUAUUAAUGUUUUUUUGUUUGUUGUUUAAUAAGUAUAAAGAACAUGUUUUCAAAGGUGUUACAUUUAAAAAAACUAAGGUAUAUAAAGGGCUGAAGAAGAAACGUGAGCUUACUAUUUUUCAUGUACAUUUCCUUGAAUCUAAAUCAUGUCAUUCAUGUCCAAGUUCCCUGGUUAACUAGGGUAUUGGUCGUACUUUUCUACCGCGAUCUACUCAUAUAGCCAAAAGAAUCGUCUUACACCUCACUUCUUUCCUUUUCCGAAGUUGCCAAAGCUUAAAAAAGAAGAAAAUCUGUGUUUCUGCUUUACAGCUUCUUUGCUUUUACUGAAAAUUGUUCUCCCAGCUAUGGAACAGCUGUUACAUUCAAGUUGCUUAGCAGUUCCCGAAUAUUUUUAAGUAUUUCUUUUUUCCAUAAGGCAAACCAGCAUAUGUUAUUUCCAGUGGAAAGGGUGAAGGGAUGAAACCCUAGAAUAUGUAUAUCUGAACUUUACACUCAGAAUGGCUUUUGACAGGAAUCAGUAUGGAAUCACAAAUGGUUGCAAAUAAUUACUUCAUCCUUCUCCAUCCAUCCCUACUUAAAAGGUACCCAAUAAAGGAAUGUAAUGAUGAGGGUAACAUAUCCAAAUGAUUUUUAACAGUAUUCUAACCAUUGCUGCAUGUAAUUAAGCCACAAUUAUAGUUUCUUUUUAAUUGUAUGUGGAAAAGUGGUGAUUUUUCAGGUAAGGGAUUUAUAGGUAAAAAAAUAUCAAGAUGAUUCACAAAUUGUUUAAAGCCUUUUAAGUGCCUUUCAUUCUGAAAUGCAUGUUCCUAAUUUGGUAUGAAGAUAUAUACACAGCACAAGACGGAGUGUUACAAGCAAAGAUGACUAUAAUGGCAACGAUCAAAACCAGACAGUAUUUUAAUUUGAAAAACACUACUGAAUAAACAUUGUGGCCUGAAA